AUGGCCAUGGCACACUGGCUUCCGCCAUUUUCCAUGAAGACGGUGCUUAUCUGCGUUCUCUGGUACCUGGUUCUGUCUUUUACUUCUCAGGUGACAAAAGUGAUAAUGGUGGAGUUGCCGUACCCGUUAUUUCUUUCACAGUUCCAGUUCUUGCUAGGGGCGCUUCUAUCGUUGCUGACGAUUCAAUUAUCCCGGAAAUUCUCCCAGCUUAACCAGAUUUUCCCCGUCGGGACGGUCCCCGUGGACGGGGCUAAUGCUGUGUUGGAUAAACGCAUUUUCAUUAAGGUUCUUCCAUUGGGUGUUUUCCAGUUUUCUGCCAAAUAUUUUUCACUUUGCGCCACGCUGUUGAUUCCAGUGGCUACAGUGGCCAGCGUCAAGGCGCUUUCUCCUUUGCUUAUCGUUGCAGGCUACCGCUGCUUCUACAAGGUUCACUUUCCAUUGCUCACCUACCUUCUGUUGGUGCCGCUUGUUUUGGGUGUGAUUAUGAUCAUCAUGGCAGACGCUGGCCCGGCUGUUCUGACUUCCUUGGCUCCUAUCUUUGACGAAGCCCACUUUAAAGGGUUGCUCUUUUGCAUCAUCAGCACCAUCAUCAUGGCUACGCAGCAGAUCUACGGUAAGGAACUUAUUACUUGGGACACGGGCGCCAUUUCCAACCCUGCCUCCUUGGUGUUGAACACAGACCGGAGCCGUGCAGUGACACCUGAAAUGGGCCCAUACCACCACUCGCCCAAGCACGAAGGUUCGUCUAACGACUUCCUUCUGCCGCUGUCGAUCUUUGGCAAAAGAAAAGACACUCUUCGUCUUCCUUAUUCUGUGUCUGACUUAUCGCUUGAUGAAAAAAAUGAAUGUCUUCAGAAUAGAUCCCAACAUUACGAUAGAGAAGUGCAAGAAGGAAAGAGCGCCACCAACCCAUUCUCGGCUCUCGCGUCUGCAAUCAAGGGCGUUAGAAAGCCAGACAAGUUCACAGUCAUCUUUUACAUUUCCUUAACCGGAUUUGCAUUUUCUUUCAGCGGGUUCUGUGCCAACGAGGCGGGAAGCUUAUACAGAGACUUGUCAGAACCACAGCAUUUCGAAGGUGUGCCUGAGGAACAUCAAGAUGUUGUCCGGAUGUUCGUGUUGAUCUUGAUGAGCAGCUUAUCACAUUUCUGCCAGACAGUGUUGGCUUUUGUGUUACUAGGAUCGGUGCCGGCAUUGUCCUACUCCAUUGCAUCUAUGAUGAAGAGAAUUGUGAUCAUUGUCGUCAGUAUCUUCUUUGCCUCGCGGCUCUCUGCGGACAAACAUGAACGUUGGUUCGGUGCCUUGUCAGGUAUCCAAAUCCAAGGGCUCUUGCUUAUCGGGCUAGGGCUCUACUUCUACGACAGAUGGGGCUCCCGAAGCCUCAAGGAAAACCGGGUCUAA